AUGCUGGGGAAACCGCUCCCGAGCAAGGGAAACGGCUCCCGGGGCGCCGACCCCGGCGACGCUCGAUUCCUCCACGACAUCGAAACCCUAAGCAAAGCCCUCUCCCUCGAGCCGAAACCCUCGAAGAAACCCUCGUCGUCUUCGUCUUCGUCUUCGUCUGCGUCCUCGUCCUCGUCCUCGUCCUCGUCCUCGUCCUCAUUUUGGAAGUCCCUUCGAUCCCUCUCCCACAUCGGGCGCCGCCGCUACGAGUGCGUCUUCUCCCUCCACGUCCACUCCAUCGAGGGCCUCCCCACCUCCCUCGCCCCCUCCUCCCUCGCCGUCCACUGGCGCCGCGCCGCCGACCCCGCCGCCGCCACCCGCCCCGCCCAGCCCUUCCACGGCGUCGCCGAGUUCGAGGAGACCCUCACAUGCCGCUCCUCGAUCGUCGUCCGCGCCGGCGGCGGCUCGCACCACCCCGCCAAGUACGAGCCGCGGCAGUUCACGAUCUACGCCGCCGUGGUCGGCGCCCCCGGGGUCGACCUCGGGCGGCACCACGUCGACCUCACGCGCCUGCUCCCGAUAACCGCAUCAGAGCUCGAGGAGGAGGAGAAGGGAUCCGGGAAGUGGAGCACGAGCUUCGCCCUCUCCGGUAGGGCGAGGGGCGCGAAGCUCAACGUGAGCUUAGGGUUCUCCUUGCUGAGGAACAGGGAUGAAGUGGCGUCAGGGAAGGAAAAGAAGAUCUCCGAGAUUUUGAACGUGAAGACGAGGAAGAUCGAUCGGCACGAAUCCUUACCCUUACCCUUACCGCAGAUCCGAACCAGAGAUAGGUCUCGAUCGGUGGAGGAGGUGAAGAUUCUUCACGAGGUACUGCCGAGCUCAAAAUCUGAAGUCUUCAGUGAUGAAUCCAGGCCAGUGGAAGAUGAUUCGAAGCCAGAUUGUGGAGUCCUGGAUCGGCAGGUGGAACCGGCUGAAUCCGAACCUCAAAAAUCAGAAGAACGAAUUGAAGGAAACGAGGAUUCACCAGAAUCAAAGCAUUGCAUGUCGAUGGAGCCCAUCAAAGGGCAUUUAGAAACGGAUUGUGUUGAAUCGGAAUUCAGUGUGAUCGAGCAGGGAAUCGAGAUUACUUCAAAGGAUCAAAAAGAGCUCGAGCCUGAGAUAGUUAGUGAUGUGGUCGGAAAGGAGGAAGAAGAAGCAGAAGUAGCUAUCGAGCUGGAUGAAGCACUGGAAUUUGAAGAGAGAAGCACAUUGGCUGCUGCAGAGCCUGUGGUAGAGGAUUUGGAUUGUGCCUUUAGUAACCUCUCUGUUCUUGAAUCAGAAGGAUUUGGAUCUCCAAUAAUUGAAGGUAGUCUUUCUAAGCAAAUGAAUUAUGACGAUAUCAAAUCUAGUUAUAAGUCGGCUAGCAUGAAGAACAAAUCCCGUAGCUUGGAUGCCACAGCAGAGUCGGUUGCUAGCGAAUUCUUGAACUUGCUUGGUAUAGAGCACAGCCCAUUCGGAAUGAGUUCUGAUAGUGAUCCCGAAUCACCAAGAGAGCAAUUGUGGAAGCAAUUUGAGAAGGAAUCUCUAGCCUCUGGUAAUCCUCUCUUUAAUCUGGAGUAUGAAGGAGAAAUGGAAGAACCUGGUUUUGGGGAGUUCGGGGAAAACUUUGAUCUCUCUUCAAUUGUUCAGGAGGCUGAAACAGAGUUUCAGAUGGCAAAUCAGCCUAUGAACAACAAGUCUAGAGCUAAAUUGUUAGAAGAUGCAGAGACUGAAGCUUUAAUGCGCCAGUGGGGUUUAGACGAGAAAGCUUUUCAGAAUUCUCCACCAGGAAGUAGGAGUGGCUUUGGUAGUCCAAUUGAUCUUCCGCCGGAGGAGCCAAUCGAGUUGCCACCUUUAGGGGAUGGUUUGGGCCCAUUUGUUCGUACUAAGGAUGGAGGCUACUUGCGGUCGAUGAACCCUUCUAUUUUUAGGAAUGCAAAGAGCAAUGGUAGUUUGAUCAUGCAGGUUUCUAGCCCUAUUGUAGUUCCGGCAGAAAUGGGUUCUGGGAUUAUGGAAAUAUUGCAGCAUUUGGCUUCAGUUGGAAUUGAAAAGCUUUCCAUGCAAGCAAGCAAGCUUAUGCCCUUGGAAGAUAUCACUGGAAAAACUAUGCAGCAGAUUGCUUGGGAAGCUGCACCGGCUCUUGAGUCAAGUGAGAGGCAGGACUUGUUGGAAAAUUAUGCUCCAAAUGUGCUGUCAGAGAUUGGUUUUAGCAAGAGGAGAAAAAAUAAAGAUUUAAAUUUAGCUCCAUCAAGUUGUGAAGAGACGGCUUCAGAAUAUGUAUCACUUGAAGAUCUUGCUCCAUUAGCUAUGGACAAGAUUGAAGCUCUUUCCGUCGAGGGGCUGAGAAUACAAUCUGGGAUGAGUGAUGAGGAGGCACCUUUGAACAUCAAUGCUCAGUCUAUUGGCGAAAUUUCAGCUUUGGAAGGGAAAGGCGCAAAAAAUAGCUGGUCUUUAGGUUUAGAAGGAUCUGCUGGUUUACAGCUUUUGGAUGUUAAAGAUAGUGGAGAGGAUGUUGAUGGGCUCAUGGGCUUGUCUAUAACACUUGAUGAGUGGAUGAGGCUUGAUUCUGGAAUAGUCAAUGAAGAAGAUCAGAUCAGUGAUCGAACUUCAAAAAUUCUUGCAGCCCAUCAUGCCAAUUCAAUGGAUUUGAUUAGCGAAUAUUCGAAGGGAGAUAGAAGGGGUGGUAAGAGAUCGAGUAAAAGGUGGGGAUUGUUAGGUAAUAACUUUACAGUUGCUCUAAUGGUCCAACUACGUGAUCCUCUACGUAAUUAUGAGCCAGUGGGAACGCCAAUGCUCUCUUUGAUUCAAGUGGAACGGGUUUUUGUACCCCCAAAACCCAAGGUUUAUGCUACAGUUUCCGAAAAAGGAAAUAGCGAACAAGACGAAGAACCUGAACCGGAAAGUAAACCAUUGGUGAAAGAGGAGAUUAAAGAAGAAGAAUCAAUUCCGCAGUUUAAAAUCACAGAAGUGCAUGUAGCAGGUAUAAAGAGUGAACCUGGAAAGAAAAAACCAUGGGGAAAUUCUGUGCAGCAACAAUCGGGAUCGAGGUGGCUGCUUGCAACUGGAAUGGGUAAAAGUAAUAAACAUCCGUUUAUGAAAUCGAAGGCUGUAACAAAACCUUCUCAAGUGAAUACUACAACAGUUCAGCCGGGAGAAACCCUUUGGAGCAUUUCAUCACGUGUUCAUGGCACAGGAUCUAAAUGGAAGGAAUUAGCUGCUCUUAAUCCUCAUAUACGGAACCCGAAUGUCAUAUUCCCGAAUGAAACUAUUAGGUUGCGUUGAUGGCGGCGGAUAUCAUACUCUAGCACUGUUGUACAGUAAACUCUAGUGAAAUAUACUGGAUUUAAUUGCAUGGAUGAUAUCAAUAUCUUGGCCAGAAUUUUGACAUGAAUGAGUUCCCCUUGUAAUUGGGAGGUGGUUGGAGCUGAUUGCAGAGCUUUUUUCUUGUUAAAAUUGUUUUCCAAAGGUUGUUAAAUAAAGGUUAUUGGCGAAUGGUUCGCCUGCGCCUGCCUCUGCGCUCUAAGCUUGUGUCUAUACUUAAAUUGUACUGAAACUUGUGAAUUAUGCUUGUGUAGAUGAGCUUACUAUGAUUGCAUGAAUAUAUUGUUUCCCCUUACAUAUUUUCCUUGUAAAUGAAUUGUUGCUUCUCUAUAUCUGAUGUUGAAAGGUUGAGGCUA